GCACACACACAUACAUAUAUAUAUAUUUAUGCUCCUCGCCUCACAAAAUAAGACAAAAGUAUGGCAAACAUUUAACGUUGCUAUUAGAAGUCUAUAUAGAUAUAUCCGGCCAAUAUUUGUAAUUUUUGAAUAUAUUGGCAUCGGCCCAUAUCCGUGUUUAGUAGCGCCGAUUAGUCAGGCAUGUCGGCGGGCAGCCCUUUGUUAUUGGUGCAGUGGAAAGUGCUGCAUGUGAAGCAACCCAAGCCAAAACUUUUGGAAGAUUCAACAACAGACCUGGGAGAUAAAGGUAGUCAGAGAAUUUCACUCUGUAAAUGGGGUGGAGAAGUUGGCAGCUCUCACAAACACUGCAGCGAAACUUUAGUAAAUUGUCUCUGUUACUCAGCCCCACUCACAGACAGCACUGUGCUCGGAGAGACAGCUGUCCUGGAGCUGCCCAGAAAGGUGAAUCACAUUUGUUCGGGAGCAUGGUUUGAUGCAGACAAUAACCAGUUUUCCAUCCAACUCCUUGCAUUUAGGGAUGUCAAUAUUCGAUAAUUUCUAUGAUCGAUCGUCGUUUAAAUGAAUGAUCAAUUAAUAACCUUAAUGCUGUAAAACUUUGUUGACUGUUUCCCAUCAAGGAGUCCGCUGAAUGUGCCUUUUUAAAAAAAAAAAAUGGUUUCGUAGUGUUUGUUGUUUUAUUUUAAAACGCAACUGCAAUGUUUUCAAACGACAUUAUUGCCCUAUCCUGUCUGCUGCCAUUACUGCGUGCCUGCAAAGUGUGACGGUGUGACUCAUUAAAGAAAAUGUCUGGUGAAAGGGAACAUUGGGUAGAUGAUAUCAGGCAGGGGCCAAAACUUACUGAUAAAGUUAUUUUAUUGACAACAUAUUGUAAUAAUGUAAAUAUAUGUAAUGUAAUUAAGAAGUGUAUUAAUUGAUAACAACAAUAAAACCGAACGCUGUCAUUACUAGCUGUGUUGCUAAUGUUUUUUUAUUUUUCAUAAAUCAAUCCGCGGGUCACGUGUGCCGAACCGAAGAUAUUUAUCCGAACGGAUCACGGAUCAAUGAUGAUCCGUUGCUCCACUACUAAACACAAAUGAAAUCCAGCGAAACAGAAUUAAAGAAGCGCAAGUGUUAUGACCAGCACUUUAUUUGAUCCUGUUCUGCAAAAUGUUCUAUUUAGAAUUUUUGCUAUUUGUUUAAAUCUUGCAUUUGCAGUGGAGAUCGUGACAGUGCAUGAGUGCGUGGAUACGAGGAUGAGCGAGCGCGGGUUUGACUAGAUGUAUUUGCAGGUUAUUGCUCAUGUCUCGUUCUGCACAUAUCCAAAUGUUUCCAUAUUUGCAAUGUAUCUGAAUGUUAAACUAUACUAUUUUUUUUUUAAUGUAAACUGGACGGAAGAGAUCAUCCUCUUCGCAUGAGCAAAAACGUCCUUGGCAUAACAGCAGAGUGGUCUAUUUAAACGGACCAAUGUAACCUUUUAAAUGUUUGGUUGACUACUUUAUUUAAAUAAUUAAUAGACUGCGAUGUACGUUUGAAAUAAGAAUGCACUUUAGAUGUUCUGUGUCUUUUAUACCAAACACAAAUGUUGCAGGUUGCUUGUGUGUUUGCAGCACUACUGUUAUUUAUUUUUUUAUAUAUUAAAUGUUUAAUAUUUUUCAGUUUAAGUGAUUUUUAUUUAUAAAAUUGUAUUUAUUUGAAUGUAUACUUAAGUUUACAUUUUUGUUCCAACAACCUUGAAAAAUUCUGCUUGAUAAAAUUCCGGAAGGAAGUCACGCCAAACAACACGAGACAAUCUGGUCAAUUGUCAAAAUAUAAGCAAUUUUCUAAUUAAAAUGCCGCGAGUGACAAAUGCGAUCAUAUUUGUGUAUCUAAACAGACCAGAAAAAAACAACACAACGCACAUGCACACAUAGAGCAACGGGAGUGCAUGGGGGCGAUGGGUAUUUAAACACACAAACAAACAGGGAAACUAAGCAGAAGCGCUUGUCGACCGCCGCGGAGAAUACGCGUCUGGUGUGAACAGGCAGGCGCCGGAUUGCGCGCGAUUUUCCAUUCCGCGACGCUUCGGCGUCCGGUGUGAACCAGGCUUUAGGUUUGUAGACCUAACAGGGUGGAAUCUAACAGGGUAGAAAAUUUGAAACCUAAUUAGCCAUAGCUCAUUAUACUAUUUAUAGUAAUAGUAUUUAUAAUUAGCCAUAGCUAAUGAGCUAAUGAACUUAAUGAAGUGAUCAACAUUUAGGUAGCUAACCUUCUAAAGAUUAACAUAACUUUUAUAUUAUGUCAGAUUUGUUUUUGUUUUGUUAAUUUAAGGACAAACAUUCUCCACAACAUAGCCUAACAGGGUGGAACUUUAAGGGUGAAACAAGCAGGAUACAAUUUCAAAAACUAAAAAAAAAAAAAAAAGGAUUGAGAGUUGAAGCUUACCUCAUUUUGUACAGAUAAAUUCCAGUGGGAAAAAUAAAUAGUCACUUUUAUAGAAUGGUCUCGAUGAAAUUGCAUUCGAUUUUGGAAGGCGAGAAAGUAUGUGCUAACAGGGUGGAAAGUGACUUCAGAGACAUGGUUACUGAAGAAAAAAACAACAACUAUAUUUUCACAUGAUGAAUAUGUAUGUUUAGAGCCAGUUUAGCCUAGUCUAUAACACAAAACAAAUUUUGAAUUUUAUCAUUUCAUGGUUUAUAUUUCUUGUUGAAGUUGAUUACUUUGCACUGAGGACAUAAUAAAAUGUAAUGCAUAUAUCAAUGAAACGGUGUGUAAAAUACAAAAUAGUAUUUAUAAUUUGUAUUAUCCCUGUUUAAGUGAUAAAGACGACCUAAAUAUACAAUUUAAGAUGUAUCUUAUGAUUAAAUAAUUGGGACAUAAAAUUCACUGUAUAACAGGACCCAUAUAUUUGUUGUUUUUGUUUAAGAACUUGAGUGCUAUUUUAUGAUUAUCUCUCCUACAGACUCCCUCACUAGUGUGUUGUCUUGGAAGCUGAUUGAGACACACCCAGAGUUUAUUUAUUUUUUUUCUGUUAAUUAUUCUCAUUUUUAACAGAAUAAAGUGUCAAAACCCACAGAAAAACUCCCGCCGAAGAGACUGAGAUCCACGUGAUAUGGUUAUAAAGAUGGAGUUUAUUAAAGAAGAGAGAGAAGACAAGAAAAUUGAAGAAACAUUCAGAGUUAAACGUGAAGAAGAUACUGAGGAACAAACAAAGAUGGUGUUUAUUAAAGAAGAGAGUGAAGACAUGAAGAUUGAAGACACAUUCAGAGUCAAACAUGAAGAUACUGAGGAGCAAACAAAGAUGGAGUUUUUUAAAGAGGAGAGUGAAGAAACAUUCAGAGUAAAACAUCAAGAUACUGAGGAACAAACAGACUUGAAAUUACAGAAAAAGGAAAGUCAAGAACUCAAUGAAAAUGAAGAGGAAGAUCAGUUUGAGAAACCAUGUGAUUUCAUAACUGGAAAAAAAUCUUUUAAUUGCUCUCAGACUGUAAAGACACAAAAAAGACCUCAAAAGACAGGAAAUGUAAGUUGUUUCCUCUGCCAACAGUGUGGAAAGAGUUUCAAUAGGUUUGGAGACCUUAAAUCCCACAUGAGAAUUCACACUGGAGAAAAGCCUUACACAUGCUCUCAAUGUGGAACAAGUUUUACUCUGAGAGUAACUCUUAGAAGGCACAUGAGAAUUCAUGCUGGAGAAAAGCCUUACACAUGUAAACUGUGUGGAAAGAGCUUUACUCUUAAGGAAAGUCUUAGAAGGCACAUGAGAAUUCACACCGGAGAAAAGCCGUUUACUUGCCAUGAAUGUGGAAUAUGUGUUACUCUUAAAGAAACUCUUAGAAGGCACAUGAAAAUUCACACCGGAGAAAAGCCUUACACCUGCAAACUAUGUGGAAAGAGCUUUAUUCGGAAAUCAGGCCUUAACAAUCACUUGAAAAUUCAUUCUGCAGAGAAGCCUUACACAUGCUCUGAAUGUGAAAGGAGUUUUACGCAUAAGAAAAAACUUGAUGUUCACAUGAGAAUCCACACUGGAGAGAAGCCUUUCACCUGCAAACUGUGUGGAAAGAACUUUACUCGAAAGACAAGUGUUAAAAACCACAUGAGAAUUCAUACAGGAGAAAAGCCUUACACAUGUUCUCAGUGUGGAAAAAGUUUUACAUGUAAACAACAUCUUGAUGUCCACCUAAGAAUUCAUACUGGAGAGAAACCUUUCACCUGCCAACAGUGUGGAAAGAGUUUCAAUGAACAAGCAAACCUAAAUGCUCACAUGAGACUUCACACUGGAGAAAGCCCUUUCACCUGCAAACAGUGUGGGAAGAGCUACAAUAAAAAAGGAAGCCUUAAAAAACACAUGAUGAUUCACACUGGAUAGAAGCUGGUUACAUGCGAUCAGAGUUUUGAAUGUAAGGUAAUACCUUGAUGUGUACGAUCACACUGGUGUGAUUGAAAUGUUCAGAAUGUCAUGUGAUUAAAUUCAAAAUUUAUAUCUA